AUGUUAUCUGAACCUGAUACAAAAGUUAUAGAGCUUAUCAAUAGCUAUUUUACAAAGGCUGCAUUGUUAAUUUGUCAAUCGAAGUCUCUAAAUGAUUACACGGAGGUGACUAACGUGACUACGGACUCUUCAUUUAAUAUCAAUACAAUUGAGGAUUCACAUAUUCAGGAUGAACUAAAACCUUGGACGAAUUUUAACGGGGAGGCAGAGGUACCUCCAUUGGUAGUGGAGACGUACCUUGACUUAAGGAAUCUUACUCCUUCUCAUAUGAUGAUUUUGAAAGAUCACGAGGGUAAUCCAUGGAAUGUUUGCAAAGGGGGCAAAAAAACGGAGAUUAUGCUAGAAAGAUGGCUUAUUGAGCUGGAUCGGAAUAGAAGCGAUUCAGAAGGGCAAGAAUUAGAGACACCCGCUGAGAUAUACAAGCAGUUGGUUCUGUUAUUUCGUUAUUUGUAUACGCUUACACAGUUACUCCCGGCUAAUGACUUGUAUACUAAGCUCAGUAAGCCUUCAUCUGAUUCAGACUCGAUAUCUUCUUUGCUUCACAUUGGAACCCGCAUUUUAGAUGGAUCUAAAGCUAUUUUAUCCAAGGGAAGGGUUGGUUUAAGCAGGAAUAUUAUAGCAACAUAUACCAACGUUAUUAAUGAAACCAAUGUUGCUUCACAUUUAGAGCAGAAGAAAAUCACUCCAAUAUUUUCCAAGUUCGGCUCUUUAAGGAUAACGGUAUCGUAUAGACGAGAUUGUGAUUUUCACGUGAUCGAGAAAGAUGAAGAUGACAAUGGGAACCUUGGCGGCAGUGCAGUACAUGGAUCUCAGGGAAAGAAUGAUUCGAUUCAACAAAAAUCCCAUACUCGCGCUUCAGUUCCUAGUGAUAGAUCUAUAUCUUUAUCCCCUAAGUCUAACUAUAGCAGCACCUUACCUGCUGAUAGUUCUCCUCAAAGGAAAUCAUCGGCAUUAAAAAUUCAUCCCUUUAAAGUAGGGUCAGUUGGUAGUGGCACGUAUAGUGGGACUAGAAACACAUCUGGAUCAUCUGCAAUAGCAACUUUGAGAGCUCAGCGUUCAACUAGUGGACCUAUAUCAACACCAAUUGGAGCAGAACAGCCACAUGUGGGUGAACAAUCUAGUGUUGGUAGUGGCGGCUCAAAGUAUUCAUCCUCUUUCGGUAGGAUUCGCCGCCAUUCUAGCGUUAGAUAUUCGGAUAGUCUAGAAAGGAACAAUACCAAAAGAUCUAAUUCCAACGAACAAUGCUCUGAUGAUUUGCUUGAUUUUGUAAAGUUUUUGGAUGACAAACAGGAAUUAAAUGUUAAGAAACUAUACGGUACAACCACAGACAUAUCAAGUUCUCUAAUUCGUUUUCAGUCUAUGAAGUCAAACAAUGAUACAUUAAGUGAAGACUUAUCUAUGAGCUAUUCACUCGAACCGGCACACGUACCACAAGUUAGAUAUCGAUCAAACUCUCAUUCACCAAUUCCAGCUUUCUCCCCAUCCGUUCAUUACGCAUCAAUACCGAUGCGAUUAUCGCAAAGCAGGAAUCCAAGCCAGCCUGAACUUGUGACUCGAAAGAGUUCUACAGAUCGAAUUAAGUCACUAAUUUCAAGUAGAACUGGCAGUUUUUCUGACCAAAAGAGGUAUUCUGUAGCAGGGCAGGAGAAAGAUAUAAUUGAGGAUGCUAAUGACGAUGAGGACGAUGACAUCUUAUUAAGCAGAUCACACUUGAGUAACGCGACUGGGGGCAAACUUAGAUCCAUAUCUCCACAAUCUAUUAAAAGCAUUUCAUCUUAUAGCAGGAAUUCAUUACCAUUUAAGCCCACAUCAAACUUCUCGUAUCCAACAACCAUGGCUACGCCAGCGCAUGCUAAACUACAUAAGGGUACUAUCUCCUCAUCACCUGAUAAUCAGCCUAGCGUAAGCAAGAAAACUCAAGAACACAACCAGCUUUCUCAUAGCGCUGACGAAGACGACGAUUUGCUAUUUUUCAUGAGUGAUAUGAAUUUAUCGGGCCAAGAAAGGUAA